GUCAGUUUGACAUGCAAACACCAGGCAGAGAUUUUCACCAUCAAAGUGGUCACAACUUCUCAGCAGACAUGGUGGAUACCCAGCAGCUCCUAGCGUGGCCUGUAGGUUUCAGUCUGAGUGCCGUGGACCUGUCAGAGCUGGAUGACAGCUCCCACUCCCUGGACAUGAAGCAUUUGUCUACAUUAGACUACGCCUCCAUCUCCUCGUCCUCCAUCCAGUCCUCCCUGUCUCCCCCGCUUGUAUCCUCCAUCUCCUCUGCCGGUGUGGCUUAUGACCCCGGUCCUCCGCAGCACGAAGAACAGCUGACCAACAUGGACUACACAAACAUGCACAGCUACAGGACAGCGCCAGACACACACAAUUUGAUCAAGCUGGAGCCAGAGUCGCCUCCACAGUACUCUGACAGCCCCGUGUUCUCCAAGCUCCAGGACGAUACGUCAACAGCAGCGCUAAACAUCGAGUGUCGUGUGUGUGGAGACAAAGCUUCAGGGUUUCACUAUGGCGUCCACGCCUGUGAGGGCUGUAAGGGUUUCUUCAGACGCACAAUCAGGUUAAAGUUGGUGUAUGAUCACUGUGAUCUUCACUGUCGCAUUCACAAGAAGUCCCGCAACAAAUGCCAAUACUGUCGUUUCCAGAAGUGCCUCAAUGUCGGCAUGUCACACAACGCCAUUCGUUUUGGCCGAAUGCCCCAGGCGGAGAAGGAGAAACUGCUGGCUGAGUUCUCAUCCGACAUGGUGCACAUGCACCCGGAGGCGGCAGAUCUGAGAGCUCUGUCCCGGCAUCUGUACGAGGCAUAUCUGAAAUACUUCCCCCUCACCAAGGCCAAGGCCAGGGCCAUCCUCUCUGGGAAGGCAGGAGACAUUGUGCCUUUUGUCAUCCAUGACAUGAAGUCUCUAAUGGAGGGAGAGCAGUUUAUUAACUGUAGGCAGAUACCCAUACAGGAGCACCAGCAGCAGGAAUCCGCCAUCACAGCCGGGCUCGGAGGUAACACAGGAGUUCACCCGGGGUCAGAGUAUGGCUAUUUGGGAAUGGCGAGCAUCAACGGACAGGUGCCAUCAGACGCUCUAGAGCUGCGCUUCUUUCAAAGCUGUCAAUCACGUUCGGCCGAAGCAGUGAGAGAAGUGACAGAGUUCGCCAAAAGUAUCCCGGGAUUUAUCGAACUGGAUCUCAAUGAUCAGGUCACUCUGCUCAAGUAUGGCGUGAUCGAGGUCUUAAUCAUUAUGAUGGCGCCUCUGAUGAACAAAGACGGGACCCUGAUCUCCUAUGGACAGAUCUUCAUGACGCGGGAGUUCCUCAAGAGUCUCAGGAAACCUUUUUGUCAAAUGAUGGAACCAAAGUUUGAGUUCUCAGUCAAGUUCAACACGCUGGAGCUGGACGACAGCGACAUGGCGCUGUUUCUGGCUGUCAUUAUCCUCAGCGGGGACCGCCCUGGCCUGCUGAACGUGAAGCCCAUCGAGCAGCUCCAGGAGACGGUGCUCCACUCGCUGGAGCUGCAGCUGAAGCUAAACCACCCAGACUCUCUGCAGCUGUUUGCCAAGCUGCUACAGAAAAUGACCGACCUGCGUCAGAUUGUCACCGACCACGUUCACCUCAUCCAGCUGCUGAAGAAGACGGAGGUGGACAUGUGCUUACACCCGCUGCUGCAGGAGAUCAUGAAGGACUUGUAUUAGAAAUUCAACAGGAGAAAAGGACGAGUAGAGAAAGAGGAAUAAAAGAGAGAUUUUAUUUUUAAAAUCACGACUUGUGAAAUUAACGAUGAGCACUUUGUGCUGCUGGUGUGUUGAAAUAAAGGGAGGUAGCCAGACAGGCUGACUGAAAUUGAGAAAGAGAUGAGGAAGAACGGGGAAAAGAGAAAUCAAGGAAAGAAGGACAGAAUCUGAGUGUUAAAUCUCGUCUAGACAGCAGCGCAUGAAUAACUUGUGGCACACAGUCAUUUAGCCACUGCUGAGCCCGGACAUUCUGUGAAUGAGUCGGCUGCCAAGUUAAAUAAGAAACUACCACCUAUGCACCAACCAGGAUGAGUGUCUGCGGCUCGCUGACAGAGCGGGGACUUUCUUUUUGGCAGAGCUGAAGCUUAGAAUGGCAAGUGCUCAACGCAGCCUGCUUCAAGUGCCUUCAGGAGAAAUCACUGUGAAUAUUUCUUACACCGUGCGUAACACAGCAGAGGGCGUGUUGUCCAUCUGCAGCUUAUCUACAUGUUGCGCUACCACCGCCGUGUCAGCAGCAGCCGUGUGUACGUGCUUCAAUACCUCUGUGAAUGCACACAAAAAUGCAUGAACGCCCGCACGCACACACACAAAACAAUGCACAGAGACAGCCAUUUUCUGUUUUGGCAUCAGGGUGAAGGUGCUAUCUCUUGUUAAUCAGCUUUAUCCAAAGACACAAAUCAGAUUAUUGCCUGUAACAUAUUUUUGUCUCGGCCACCUGCAGAAACUGUGAGAAAGUGAGACGCCAACAAAAGGCACGCUGCCAGAUGACUUCCUUUUGUUUGGAAUGAACGCCAUUUAGAAAAAGAUAUGUGACACAUGUAUAAUGUAUAUUCUUAUGUAUUAUUUUUGUAUGGAUGAAAUUGUCAAACACGCUUUUCAGCUUUGUUUUAUUUGAAAUUCUUUAAAGUGGUUGAGUUAUAAUUUUUACUAUGAAAUUAUUUUUUAUCUAUGCAAACUGUCCAAUAUGUCUGUGUUCAUGUCGGGGGGUCUGCAGACAAAGGGGUCGGAUUAAUACAAGUGGGGGGAAAGAAUUGUUGUAAAUAAAAUAUUUUCUAACUUUUUA